GAAUCGAUUACGAGCCGCUGUGAUGCGAUAGUAAUUAACAGCAUUCAUUCGACAAUCGCACUCGGACGAGAGAAUCCAGUGUAUGUUGUGUGAGUGAUAAAAAUAUUCAUAAGGAAUCAGUUAACAUGAAGGAAAUUAUAUUAUUAGUGCUGGCUGGGUGCAGUAUUGCAUUGUCAACGACACCGCCGCUAAUGCCAUGCUGUCCAGGGGACCAAAUCUUAUUACCGAGAGGAUAUUGCGGUACAGAGAAGUUAAAUGUGCUUAACUGCACAGCAGGACGCAUGGUUCUCAGAGAUAUUAUACUGGAUGGUACAAAAGUUUCCACUAACGAUUCGCCAAGCUUCGUGUUUGUUGAAGACCCCUCUGAAUUUUGCGUCGCAGAAAUGUACAGAAACAACAGUGAUCCUUCUCAGGGCACCGUCCCAGUGGCCAUAGUGUGCUUCGAAGAGAUAUCCAAGACCAGUGACAUCGAAACCAGUGGGAUAUUAACCUUAGUGUCAGUUAUUUUCCUCGUCGCAACUAUUGCUGUUUACACCUUCUUGCCACAACUGAGGGAUCUACAGGGACUCUGUUACAUGUGUAUGUGCGUUAGUAUGGCGCUAGGAUUUUUAUCUUUGGGAAUACUGCAACUGAGCCCAGGAUUUAGAGGCCAACUUUGUACUGUAACAGGGUUUCUUGUCUACACCUGGAUGAUGGCCACAUUCUUCUGGAUGAAUGUUAUUUCCAUCAACGUCUUUCGCACAGUGCUCGAUUCGACUUACUUAAAGAAAACGGAGAGGAAACAGUAUUUCUACUACAGUUGUUACGCUUGGGGCUUCACACUGUUAUUCCUGACCGUCACCCUCAUUGCUAACUUCGCCGAAGGUGAACACUUCAAACCAGGUUUCGGAGAUGGUAGCUGUUGGUUCAAUGGUCGCACAGAAACUUGGAUUUUCUUCUACGGCCCUGUUGCUGUCCUUAUCGCAGCGAACGUUUGUCUAUUCGGUCUAACAUCGUACAAUUUGUGGAAGCAGACAAGAAAAUAUGAAGUCAACACUUUGAACGUGCUUAAACACAAGUUCCUUCUAUCCUUGAAGCUGUUCCUAGUCAUGGGAAUUUCCUGGGUGUUCGAGAUCGCCAGUUUUGCUCAUGGAUCAGCGCAUAUUGUUUGGAAAAUAAUGGACACGUUCAACUGUCUCCAAGGCGUUAUAAUUUUUAUACUGCUCGUGCUCUUAAGACGGCGUGCGAUGAGAGGCAUGGCCAGCGAAAACGUUUGUCUGUGCAUCAGUCGCCCCCUGGCGGAGAAACUCAGUCCACAUGAUGACUCGGAUGACCAGGAAAUACUGGGUGAUGACACCGUGGAGGUCAGGCUCAAUUGAGGAUCAUUUUCAGCCAUUAUAUAUACUUUUGUCAUGUUUCAUGUCACAUUUACAUGCAUCUAAAAAAUAUUACAACUAGUCAACGGGAAAUACUAUAGCUAUUAUAAUUGAUAUUAAGAUGUUAUUUAUGUUCAGUGCUAUAGUUGUUCCUACAAUAUUAUCACAUGUUGAUAAUGGAACAAUGGCAUGUGCAAAUAAGCUAUUUAUAAAUGCAUCUACUCGAUUCUGAGCCGACUGGAAUGGGUACGCAAAAAUUACUUAGAAAAGUAUGUAUAUUUACAACGCGAUAAGUGUUGGACAAAAAAAUGUGCUAAUUGAGUAUACAUAACAAUUUUAUCUAUAUAACCUAUUCAAGAUAAUUUUAUUUUUCAAAACAAUUUUAUGUAAACUAAGAUUGGUGAUAUUUGAGAGCGUACGUACCUAAUUUAUAUUUUUUGAGCUGAUAUUUUACUGAGCCAAUUCAAAAAGAUCUGAUAUUUAAGAUUUUUUAAAUUUAAUUAACAAUAAAUGUGCCAUAACUUAAGUGUAGCUUAAGUGGGAAGUUAUCUAUAUUUUUAUUACAUAGAUUUUAUUACGAUAUUUAAGAAACAAACUAUUUACACUGGAUGUAAAUACUACAAUGUAAGAUUUAAAUAAAUAUAAGUUCCUAAGUAAUUAA